AUGGCAAAUGUUCCAGUAAUUGCGUUUGGUCCUAAUCCGGAUAUUUAUUACAUUGGACUGGGGCUACGUUAUUACAUGAGUGGCAUGCCAGCGUCUGUACAAAACACGAUUCAGAAGUGGCCUGCGAUGCAGUUAAAGUGGAUGAGCAUUGAUGUUGAUGGAGCGUGGGCGGCACGAGAUGGAGGUUCCCUUCGCACUGAGUAUGAUACAACCAUUACACAACCUGCUAUAGAUAAGAUUGUAGCCUUCCCCACCGCUGAAUAUGUAACCUUUGGAACCACCAAAGAUAUGUACUGUGCCGUCACACCCGGCAAUGGCUGGGGUGCGAGCUUGGAAGAUGAGCAAAUAGAUAGUCUGCAACAGGUUAAGGCCUCCAUGGGUGAACAAUUGUUCGACCAGACACUCAAAGGCAUCGUUUUCGGAAAAGGAAUGACAAUGAUCUUCCUCUUUAGUGGUUCCUUUAGCUAUUACACCGACAGAGAGGCUGAGGGCAGCCAAAUGGAGAGUCUGCUCAACGAAUACAUUUACCGCCAGCCAUCGUGGACUGUCGAACCCGGCUCAGUUCUGUGCCCAUGGAGCAUUGACUAUUAUUUCCUCAAGUUUAAAAAUCCCCAGACCGGGGAGAUCAAGAUGCAUUGGAACCUGCCACCAACCAUGGACGCUAAUUUAGCCGAUCUUCAGGCAACGUUCAAUACACCAGAGGCACAGCAAGCAAUCGCUAAUCGUCAACAACUCGGACUGGUUCAGGCUAUAAGCAACUAUAAUGUGUCGUUAUCGGCGGCGAAUGCGUUAAGGCAAACGUGGUGGUGA